AUGAGGUAUUUCCUCGGCAUAGAGGUGGUUCAAAAGGACGAUGGUAUCUUCAUUUGUCAGAGGAAAUAUGCAGCUGAAGUGAUCGAGAGGUUUGGAAAGAUGAAUUUCAAUCCAAUAUGCAAUCCAAUAGUUCCUGGACAGAAGAUCGGUCGUGAUGAAGCAGGCGACAAGGUUGAUUCAACCUUGUACAAACAGAUGCUACACCUUCCAGUGGCGAAGAGAAUCAUGCGCUAUCUUAAGGGAACGAUGGAGUACGGAAUCUGGUACAAAAAGGAGGGAGAAGCAGGACUGGUUGGAUUCACCGAUAGUGACUAUGCCGGAGAUGUUGAUGACAGCAAAAGCACUUCGGGUUAUGUCUUCUUAAUGAGCGGAGGUGCUGUUGUGUGGUCACCACGAAAGCAACCUAUAGUAACGCUUUAA